GGGGCGGGCGUUGAGCCGGGGGAGCGCGGCGGGCCGGGGCCGGGCGGCGGCGAGGUUUCCGCGAUGCCGCUGCUGUUCCUGGAGCGCUUCCCCUGGCCCAGCCUCCGCACCUACACGGCGCUCAGCGCYCUGGCGCUGCUGGGCGCCGGCCUCAGCGCUUACCGUGCGCUCAGCCAGGCGCCCGGCGGGGCGCCGGGUACCGAGUCGGCCGAGCCCCAGCGCUGCGCCGGCCCGCGGGCCCUGGACGUCGCCUACUACCUGCUCUCCGACAGCCUCUGCGUCUGGGUACUGGUGAACACUGCCUGCUGUUUUUUGAUGCUGGUUGCUAAGCUAAUCCAGUGUAUGGUGUUUGGUCCUCUUCGUGUCAGUGAGAGGCAGCAUCUCAAGGAUAAAUUCUGGAAUUUCAUUUUCUACAAGUUUAUCUUCAUUUUUGGWGUGCUAAAUGUUCAGACAGUGGAAGAAGUGGUGAUGUGGUGCCUCUGGUUCUCUGGACUUGUGUUUCUCCAUCUGAUGGUUCAGCUCUGCAAGGAUCGCUUUGAAUAUCUUUCCUUUUCUCCUACAACACCCAUGAGCAGCCACGUCAGAGUGCUGGCCCUGCUCAUAGCCAUGCUCCUGUCCUGCUGUGGAUUAGCAGUUGUCUGUGGAGUUGUUGGCUACACYCAUGGCAUGCACACGUUGGCUUUCAUGGCAGCAGAGUCUCUACUGGUGACAGUCAGAACUGCUCAUGUUAUUUUACGAUACGUAGUUCAUCUCUGGGAUCUCAACCAUGAAGGAACUUGGGAGGGCAAAGGAACGUACGUCUACUACACAGAUUUUGUCAUGGAGCUAACCUUGCUUUCCCUGGACUUGAUGCAUCAUAUUCAUAUGCUGCUGUUUGGCAAUAUCUGGUUGUCCAUGGCGAGCCUGGUGAUUUUCAUGCAGCUGCGCUACCUGUUCCAYGAGGUGCAGCGGCGAAUUCGGCGGCACAAGAACUACCUGCGUGUGGUUGGAAACAUGGAAGCCAGGUUUGCGGUUGCAACGCCAGAGGAGCUGGCAGUGAACAAUGAUGACUGUGCCAUUUGCUGGGACUCCAUGCAAUCUGCCCGUAAACUCCCUUGUGGSCAUCUCUUCCACAACUCAUGCCUGCGGUCCUGGCUGGAACAAGACACAUCUUGCCCCACCUGCAGAAUGUCUCUUAAUAUCACAGACAGCCAUCACGUGAGGGAGGAUCACCAGAGGGAGAAUCUGGAUGAGAACCUGGUCCCGGUGGCAGCAGCGGAGGGCAGACCACGCCUGAACCAGCACAAUCACUUCUUCCACUUUGACGGCUCUCGAAUUGCCAGCUGGCUGCCCAGUUUUUCUGUGGAAGUGAUGCACACCACCAACAUCCUUGGAAUUGCACAGGCCAGCAACUCCCAGCUCAAUGUGAUGGCCCAUCAGAUUCAGGAGAUGUUCCCUCAGGUUCCUUAUCAUUUAGUUCUGCAGGAUCUGCAGCUAACUCGUUCUGUAGAGAUCACCACUGACAACAUCCUAGAAGGGCGCAUCCAGGUGCCUUUCCCCACACAGCGUGCAGAUAGCAUUAGACCUGCAUUGAACAACUCAGUGGAAAGGCACAGUACAGAUCAGGAGGAUACUGGAACUGUCACACAGACUGARAGAGUGCCACUUGAACUGAACUCCAGACUGGAAGAGAUGGUGGAAUUCAGUGAAAUAGAAGCAGAACCUCAUGAAGCAGAAGAUUUUGAGGCCAGGGGAAGUCGCUUUUCCAAGUCAGCCGAUGAAAGGCAGCGAAUGUUGGUUCAGCGGAAGGAGGACUUGUUGCAGCAAGCUCGAAAGCGUUACUUAAACAAAACCUCUGAUGAGGAGCUGAGCACAGAGAAGCCUUUGCCCGAGGGAGCGACAGCCGACGCCGUCACCCUGCGCCGCAGGACCCUCGCYGCCGCCGCCGAACGGAGACUUCAGAUGCAGCAAAACUCUUAGCGCUCGCUGCCCCUCCUUCCUCCUCCUCGUGAGCAACGUUGAAUAAAUAAAUUAAAUACAAAAAACCCUGCGCUUUCUAUACCAGCAGGAAAGUGUCUCUUCAGAGUUCAGCUGGCUGUGCUGCCGAGUGAGCUGGCUGCCUCUCUGCUGUAUAAAGCAUGUGGUCUAAUAAUGUUUGGACAGCUGACAAAUUAACCUUUUUUGUAAUAUUUUCUAUGUGACGUUGAUCCUCUCCACAAACAAAAGGCAAUUUCUAAACCACGGGCAUGAUUUCUGCAGCUGGCAUGAGCUAUGGGGCUGACUGCACAGCAGAGGCUGGGGGAGGUKUGCUCUGAGGUAGCUGUGGGUGCAGGUCACGGAGCGCACGGGCAYGUUCUGCUCGAGAUCAGGGGCAGUYACUCCGAGGAAAGGAAGCUUAGAAGCUUGCAGCAAGCCAUGUGUUAGACGAGCAGGCUCCUCAGUCCCUGUUCCUUCAGCAGCCAAGGGUGUGAYGUAGGGCGGCUUGAAGGGCUGGGGGAGCGUCGCUGGGAGGUUCUUACAGUGGAUGAAGUUGUCUGGCUACACAACACAGAAAAACCUGAAUUCAUGAAUUGUGCAGCAAAGCGCUGAUUCACGCCGAUUACAGCAUGAAAUAGUGUACUGUUGUUGGGCUCUUCUGCGCUGGCAGAGGUCUGGCUCUGUUCAUCCCCAGGGCUGCACUUUGCCUUUGCCUUUUAUGUCCAGAAACGAGUGAGGGACAGAGGGGGAUCAGGUGAAGAAGAGGGACCUGAGGCGAGGUUACAGCGUUGCCAAGAGCYGAGCAAG